UGUCUCUCGGGCUUUCUCAUCUCCAGUCUCGCACCAGUCUGGACUCGUCCUCCCAGGUUCAAGACUUCGUUGAAGCACCCGUACCUGUGCCAAACGCCCAUCGCCUAAUGCCAUCAAGCAUCUGAUCCGAUUGUGUCAUGGAAGAUUUCAAUUACGAGACCAGCUCAACGGCGAGCUUUGAGCAUGUUGGAAGCGAGUCACGAAAAACUCGUGAUACGAUGCUCAAGGACCCCAAUAAUAGGGUUUCAGGCAAGCAGCCUCUAUUCGGCGACAAGAUUCCGGACCUUCUCUACUCGGUGCAAUGGUGCAAUAGCACGGGAAAAGUGCUCGAAAGACGCGAGAGCGACAAGCCUAUAGAUGCUGCUACAUCGGGGGCAGAGCCAGACAAAAUGGACAUCGGGAAGAAACCGGUCAUCGAAAUUGCUAAGAGGGUCUCUACGACGCACCGGCGUCCGGGCGUACCUGCACGAGUUCCUGGCCCCCAACUUGUCUUGGAGGAUGACAGUUAUGCGUUCCGCACCUAUGCUGAUGGGAACGGGGCUGGGGCCAAGCUUGUCAGGACCGAGAAAACACUAAUGCUGAUCCACUCUGAGCAUCUCAAGGCUGCCCUUGCUGCUAUUGUUGGCUACUACCCAUCGGCGCCUGACUUCACUUCUGAAGAGCCAACGGUAAUCGAGGCGCCAUACCAAGUCCUAGUGCAUCACUGCAAGGCUCUGGAGCACCACAGAACCAACCAACCGACCUCUCACAGUGCCGAGUAUGCGGCGAUUGUGGUGAAACACAUUGACCUUCUUCUCGCCUUCCUGAAAGGGGUACUCGCCGGGCAGAUUGAGGCGGAGGCGAGCCGCUGGAACGAUCCUCUGGGCGUCCCCACUGCAACAUUCAACCUCUUUUGGCUCUUUCUCAAGCCCGGUGAGGUCGCCUACAAGGUCCAAGAUGGGCAACUGGUUCCGUUUGUGAUCAGCGGCGUUGGUAGGACCGGGACGGACGACGGCGGGCUAGGUGCCUAUCUGGUUAACCUUUGGAACAUCGUGUUUGUGGGUGGCCGCUUGCAACGCCGCAUGCAGACGAGCCAUGUCUAUCCGUGGAACGGAGCAAGAGCCAUCGAAACGUUGCCACUCGUUCCCGCCCAAUUUAUGGCUGGCGGAGCGAAGAAAGUGGCCGAAGAACAAUUCAAGCUCGGAAAGCUGUACUGGGACCUUACCAAGCGGCCAUCCUAUAAGGAGUAUGACGGCCCAUUGAUAAACAGGGAUGGGAGUCUUGGAGGCAGUGUGACUGGCCGUGUUGUCGUUGACCCCGAGGGCUGGGAACGAUUCGGAGACGGGGCUCACGGAAAACUGGUUCCUCAGUCUCUGGAGCCUCGCCUUACAUCAUCCGCUCCGAGGAAGGACAGUUUGCCCGAGACACUGCCACGCUGUGGUUGCAAAGCAUGCCGCGAAGCAGGAAUUCCACAGGGCCCCAGCCCCUUUGCUGGUUUUGACAACCUGGACCCCCAAAAGGACAACCCGCCUGAGAAUGAGGAUUUAUUUUUUCGCGUGCUGAAUAAAACGAUCCCUGCCUUUAUCCUCGGGGAGAGACGCUGGGCGCUCGUAUAUGUCGGGUUUCUCAGAGACGUCACCCCGGACAAGGAUGCCUUCAAAAACUUGGUGCUUGACAGCGAGAUCAAACUGACGGUUAAGGCACUGACGGGAAAGUUCGCCAGCUUGGACGGCAGGGUGUCGCCGUGGCCGUCUGACUUUGUGAAGAACAAAGGCGAAGGGCGCAUCUUUCUGCUGCACGGCUCGCCGGGCGUUGGCAAGACGUGUACUGCGGAAUGUGUAGCAGAGCUAACGCACCGGCCGCUCCUGGCUCUAACUAGCGGCGACAUCAGCACAUCCAUGAGCGUCACGUCUGUCGAGCGCGCUCUCAACUAUUUUCUCGCCUUGGGAGAGCGCUUCGGCGCGCUCGUUCUGCUCGACGAAGCCGAUGUCUAUCUUGAGCAGCGCCGCGCGAGCGACCUCCGCCGCAACGGCCUCGUGUCCAUAUUCCUUCGCGCUCUCGAGUACUACCGGGGCUUGCUGAUCUUAACCACCAAUCGCGUCGAGGCCUUCGACAGCGCCUUUACUAGUCGCAUCCACGUUGCCCUUCACUAUCGCAACCUGACCGACGACGACCGGCAGCGCAUCUGGAUCAACAACUUUGACCGGCUCGGUACGUUUGUGUUUUCUUUUUUCUCUGCUUUCUGCAUUUUUCAUUUGGUCAAACCACUUGUCCCGAGGUGUUACCAAGUUCUUGUGUGGAGAGGAAGGGUGACCACCCUCGGAGCAGCGUUUCCAACAAAACCUUCAGCUGUCUCCGUCUACCACCUAUUUCUCCUAUACAUCUAACAGCACAACAUACUGACCUUUCAUUGUCUUGC